AUGAGAGCUUUCAAAGAAUUCACAACCCUUCAGGAUGCAAGGUAUGGAGUUCAAGCUGACUAUAACAUAAAUGGCCAAAUAAAGUUGAGCUACAUUGCGGAUCAUCUACACAAUAUGGAACCAUCAUUUCCUAUUUAUGAUGAAUACUUCAAGGGGAGGAAUGAAAGAGAAGUAGAAAAAGCAUUAUUCCUUGAAGAUAGAGUGAAAGAAACAAUGAAGAAAGUUGGAUUCUGGCAAAAGCUAACAGGCAAGGGCAAGGGAGAAACCAGCAAACAACAACCUGCCUUGAAGAUUACAGACGUUGGCAAUGUCAGUGAGGUGAGUCAAGGAGGAAAUGGUGGAAGGAAGUUCUUCCAGAGAGACCCUUUCCUUGAAGACGCAGCGACGGCGAGCUCGAGAAAUGACAGGUAUGAACGGCGGUGCCGGCAGCGCCUCCUUCUCCUCGCGGAACACUCCUUCUUCUCUCUGGCCAUCGCGUUCUUCUCUCCUCCACCAAGUUCGACGGCGACGACACACCCCGCAGCAGCCCCAAUAGCGACGACGAUGAGGUGUAACGGUGCAAGCAGCGCCCCCUUCUCUGUCGCGUGCUUCCUUCUCUCUCUUCCCGAUCUCUCUUCCUCUCCUCUGGCACACGACAGCAGCGGCGCUCCUCACAGCUCCAUGGACGGUGACGGCGACUGGGCAGCUUCUCCCUCCUCCGUUCUUCUCUUCUCUCUCGGCAUUGGUGAGUGCUUUGUGAGUGAGGGGAAAACUUGCCUGUGUGUGUUGUGUGAAGAGGGAGUGUGCGCGGGGGAAGGUGGGUGAGGGGCGUAUGCGUGGGUGUGAGGGGUGAGGGAGAGGGAUGGCAGCUGAAGGGCAGUAAGGGGAGUUAGGAUUAGGGUUUGUAGGUUUUAAUUUGGGAAUAAGGACUUGAGUAAUUUUAAUAAACAUUAGGGAAUAGAGUAGUUAUUAAAAAUUAAAUUCUAUCUCAAUAAAAUU